CGUUAAUUCCUUGGUAAUUUGUAAUACGAAUUAACUUCUAUCAUCGCAUUCAAUUCAUCAUUAUUUAUCGAAAUUGCUCGUCUUCAUCGGGUUUCAUUCUUCAUGCAUUAGCCGCACCCUCUGCUAACAUGUGCUUGAACAACUGGAAUCCGUGGCCGUAAAACAUGGUAGUAAAUUUUGGUAUUGAUUGCAAUCGAAAAACCGCGGGAAAUCAUUAUUUAUUAUUUUUAUUAUCAGCUGAUCGUGUAUAGAAAGGAUAUAUAACCUAUAUUUCAAGAAUGAGAAACGUAGAAAUAAAAGCAAAAGUGCUUAACUAUGAGAAAAUAUGUAAUUUAGCGGAACAACUGAGCGGUGCUCCGUACAAACUAAUUAAACAAGAUGACACUUUUUACAAAGUUAAUAAUGGAAGAUUGAAAUUACGGUUCUACGAGGAUAAAUCGGCUACUUUGGUGCGUUAUGACAGAAACGACGAAGGUGGACCCAAAAUGUCUAACUACGAAUUACUGGAGUUCUCUUCAAAUGAGCAUGAUAAAUCAGAAUUGUUGAAUUCCAUGUUGACAAAAUGUUUGGGUAUAGGCGGUCGAGUUGUUAAAGAGCGCAAACUCUUCAUGGUCGGUCAAACACGUAUCCACAUAGAUAGAGUUGAAGGACUAGGAGAAUUUAUGGAGUUGGAAGUUGUGCUCCGAGAAGAUCAGACUCUGGAGGAAGGUCAGAGUAUAGCCAACGAAUUGCAGACUAAGUUACAAGUGUCAAACGAGGACUUAAUUGAGUGUGCUUAUGUUGAUUUAUUAAAUAAAGUUUAGUUUUUUA